UCUUCGUGUCACCAUCAUUUUAAUUGUUAUUCAUGAUGCACGUUAUGCAAAAUUCCUGAUUAGGCUACCUGAAACUAUGGCAGAAAAUUAAGAAAAAAAAUACACAAAAAAUCCAAUGGAAUCAACUCAAAAAACCGAAACGCAAGUAAGGAAAAAAAUCAGAGUUAGAAAGAAUGCUGUGCCAGAGUCCACGAAAAGAAACUACGACGAGGAAUUCUUGCCGCUUUUGGCACAAGAUUCGAAAUGGAGCGGAAUAGCAUUUAAUUCUCAGGAAAACGAAAAUAAUUCAGCAUGCGGUUCGUUCGAAGACGAAUGCGAAAUAAAAAUAAUAGACUUGGAAUCGUCGACGGGAACGCCGCCAUUGUUAAUACUGUUCCCGGACCUGAGAAAUGAGGAGUCCCUGGAGCAUUUGCCCGCCAUGGCGGAGAACAUGUCUACGUCCUCUUUGACGCGGCUGCUUCGCGGCAAGAAGCCUAAAUUGGAUUUGUUGAAAACUUGUAAAAAAUUAAACAAACCGCCGCAUACUUUGUCUACCGUAAACGAAGGGUCCAGUCAAGCCAGUUGUGUGGAACAAUUUUGUUCCGAGCACAACUUACCCAACAAUGCGAUCGAUAACGAUGUAAGUAAAUCAUAUUCUUCGCCAACAAUUAGCCAACAAUAAAAGAAAUUGUGUUUUCAAUGAAUAAAAUAGCGUUUUGAUUAAUCAUUUAAUUUAAUGUUACCAAACAUUUA